UUGGAAAGUUACCGAUGUUAUAAAUGAAUGGAAAUGUAAAAUUUUAUUGCAGAUUUUUAAUUAUAAUAAAAAUGAAGUUAGUUUUGUACCACUCGCUAUGAUUUAUGCUCUUGUGCUUGCUAUUGCAAUGUCUUCGUCCAUGACAGAUGGAAAGAAAUGCGAAAUAGUGUGCCCUGAUGAUGGAGACAUGAUUUGCACAUUCGACAUUCAGAAUAAGAUAUACAAAAUGUUUCCAAAUGAUUGCGCGAUGGCUGGAUAUGCGCAGUGUCAUCAAGUCGAUUUCGUGAGAACACCGAUGAAAUUUUGUGUAAAGGAACACUUUGUUAGUGCUAGGCGAGUGUAUGGCGAAUCAUGUCCAGUGUUCUGUCCAAGUCACUACAGUCCAGUAUGCGGAGCUUCGAAAUACAGAGGCUAUAAUUACAGAACGUUCAACAAUGGAUGCUAUUUAGACAUGAUCAAUUGUAGGGGAGAUGAUGACUAUGCAGGUUAUGUGGAAGUGCCGUUGAGCUUCUGCCAGCGACAUCUUAUGAAAAAUAUAUUUAAAGAAAAAAUAACUGUUUCAAACCUCUACGAUUACAGAGAUUAUGAUUAAAUAUUGAUGUUAAUUUUAUAAUACAAGAUGACCCGGUGAAUUUCCUAUCACCUACAUAUAUUAUUGUCUACCUACCUACCUACCUAGACCAAAGAGAUCGGAACUGAUAAUACAGCUAAGAAACACCAAUUUCUGAACAUUUAAACCUUCCCACUUUCAACUUUCACAAAUAUUUACAGACCAUAAUUAGCCAAAUCGGUCCAGCCAUUCUCGAGUUUUAGCGAGACAAACGAACAGCAAUUAUAUAUAUGUGUGUGUGUGUGUAAUUAUUUAAAAUAGUCACUGAAUUGAAAGGAAAUUGAAGUGUACUUUGAUAUACAAUAUAAAACAAUAGAAGAUUGUCAAUUGUUUCUUCGUAAUCUACAGAAUUAUUACCAAUUUAUUCAUAAAGGUUAAAUUAUUAAAUUAUAAUAAUUUAAUUCGCAAGUCCAUUGAAAUCAUAUCACAACUUUCCACCUGACUAGCGGCCUAUAUCGCCAUAAUUAAUUGUACAAAUCCCGCAUUACCUCUUUAUGGUAAACAUUUGUAAAUGAAAAUUGAAAUAUGUCAAACAAAACUCUGAUGUCAUAAUAAAAGGAAAGAUCGCUACACUGAA